GCACCCGCGGAGCAUUUGUCAUAUCCGGAGUAAAAUGGCCGCAGUGCGAGUAAUGAGGACCUGGAGUCAGAAUGCUGGAAGGCUGAUUUGUGUUCGCUGCUUUCAGACAUGUAAUAAUGUUCAUGUUUUGAAGCCAAAAUAUGUGUGUUUCUUUGGUUAUCCUUCAUUCAAGUAUAGUCAUCCACAUCAGUUGCUGAAAACAAGUGCUGCUCUACAUGGACAGAUCGUUCAGUUCAAACUCUCCGACAUUGGAGAAGGGAUUAGAGAAGUAACUGUUAAAGAAUGGUAUGUAAAAGAAGGAGAUACAGUGUCUCAGUUUGAUAGCAUCUGUGAAGUUCAAAGUGAUAAAGCUUCUGUUACUAUCACUAGUCGUUAUGAUGGAGUCAUUAAAAAACUGUAUUAUAAUCUAGACGAUAUUGCCUAUGUGGGGAAGCCUUUAGUAGACAUAGAAACGGAAGCUUUAAAAGAUUCAGAAGAAGAUGUUGUUGAAACUCCUGCUGUGCCCCAUGAUGAACACACACACCAAGAGAUAAAGGGCCAGAAAACUCUGGCAACUCCUGCAGUUCGCCGCCUUGCAAUGGAAAACAAUAUUAAGCUGAGUGAAGUUGUUGGCUCAGGAAAAGAUGGCAGAAUACUUAAAGAAGAUAUUCUCAACUAUUUGGAAAAGCAGACAGGAGCUAUAUUACCUCCUUCACCAAAAGCUGAAAUUAUGCCACCUCCACCAACACCAAAAGACAGGACGACACCUAUACCAAUAUCAAAACCUCUGGUCUUCACAGGCAAAGACAGAACAGAACCCAUAAAAGGCUUUCACAAAACGAUGGUCAAAACUAUGUCUGCAGCCCUGAAGAUUCCUCACUUUGGGUAUUGUGAUGAGGUUGAUCUUACUGAACUGGUUAAGCUGCGAGAAGAACUAAAACCCAUUGCUUUUGCUCGUGGAGUUAAACUCUCCUUCAUGCCAUUUUUCUUAAAGGCUGCUUCCUUGGGAUUACUACAGUUCCCCAUUCUUAAUGCCUCUGUGGAUGAAAGCUGCCAAAACAUAACAUAUAAGGCUUCUCAUAACAUUGGGAUAGCAAUGGAUACUGAGCAGGGGUUGCUCGUCCCUAAUGUGAAAAACGUUCAGAUCUGUUCCAUAUUUGAGAUUGCCAGUGAAUUGAACCGCCUCCAGAAAUUGGGCUCUUUGGGUCAGCUCGGUACCACUGAUCUCACAGGAGGAACGUUUACUCUGUCCAACAUUGGAUCAAUUGGUGGUACCUAUGCCAAACCAAUAAUACUGCCGCCUGAAGUAGCAAUUGGGGCUGUUGGAUCAAUUAAGGCCCUUCCCCGAUUUAAUGAGAAAGGAGAAGUAUAUAAGGCACGGAUAAUGAAUGUGAGCUGGUCAGCCGAUCACAGAAUUAUUGACGGUGCUACAAUGUCACGCUUCUCUAAUUUGUGGAAAUCUUACUUAGAAAACCCAGCUUUUAUGCUACUAGAUCUGAAAUGAUGAUUGAUAAGACAUCUUUGAGCUUUUUGAGCUUCCAAAGAAUAUGUGGAACCAGCUGUGCCAGCACAUGUCCUCCAUUACAAUUUGUAUUAUAAAUGAUUUGUAUUGUAUAAUUAAGGUUUUAAGGCACAAUAUUUAUCACUAAUCUGUUAGAUUUUUUACUGAAAAUGAAUAAUAGUGGGAUAGGUCUCCUGGGGCUGUCACAUUUUAUAGAUCAUAGUUUGACUUCUUAAUAUGGUACUGAGGUCUUUGUGUCAAAGGAUUGAAACUGGCAAGAACAACCAAAUUAAUAUCACUAAAAGACAGAUAGCCAUAUACAGUAUUUGCUCUUUUUUUCUUUCUUUCUUUUCAAUUGACUCUUUUUUCCUUUUUUUUCAUUUUUCUUUUUGGUGAGGAAGAUUGGCCCUAAGCUAACAUCUGUUGCCGAUCUUCUUCUUUUUUUUUUUUCU